UACGUAAAUCUUUCAAAAUAAAAAAUAAAAAACUAGCAUGGGUGAAAGAUGGACAGGUUGAGAAUCAUCAUACCGUUAAAUUAUUGAUACUUGUCAGCCACAGCAGAACUAUAUGUGGUGCUGAGUUCUUCUCUUUCCUUGGCAGAUAGGGUAAGAGAAACAGAGAACAGUAAGACAGAGAGAGAGAAAGAGAGCAGUAAGACAGAGAUUAUGGCCUCCAGAAUAGCCCCUAAUCCUCUCCCAGCUGCGUCUCUAAGGUUUCAGGUUUCAGAAAGGUUACCAGCAAAGACUUCUGCGCUCUCCAUUAAUCCUCACGCAGCAGAUAAAAAGGCCUCCUUUCCCUGCAGAGCAGCAGCUCAAUCAGACAACUUAGCUGAGGAACAAAGUGCAUCAGAGUCUUCUGCUCGAAGUCAGCUUGAUCUCCUGGAACAGCUUACAUCCUCCGCCGCUACAGGCCGUGGUUACGAGAGGACCGGGGAAUCUAUGAGGCCUACGAUACGAGAACAACUUGCUGAGUUAACCCAAGGAAGGGAUGAAGACUUUACUCUUCAGUUGGGGAAAAAAAUGAAGGAAAGCCUGAAAAAAAUGAAUAUCUUAACAAUUUCACAGAGGAGAAAUAUCAAGCGACAGAGUUACCUCAAUGAAGUAGCUCGCCGAAAUGAUGCUGCUUUCUUUGCCACCAUAGGAGCGUUUGUGAUUCUCCCUCCAUUAGUCAUCUUGGCUGCAGCCAUACUAACUGGAUUUCUGAGUCCGGCUUUUGAGGUGUUCUUCCCCUCCGGGGGCUAUAUCCGAAGGCAAAAAUGUGCUCCGGCUAUUACUCGUCCGAGCCCCCUCUCCCACGCAGUCCAGCAGUUGCCAGCUUGUCACCCUUCCCUCUUGCCACCUCCCCUCAGCCAUAGCCAUCUUCAAUCAGUUCUCAAACCCACCGUCCAGCAGCCUCCGUCCUCGUAGUCACCCACGGAUAUCUUUUAUUGUUUAUUUUGUUUGUGUUUGUUUGUCAUUACUUCCUUCUUUUCAAGUAUUAUCUUUGUAAUCCGUUUGGAAUUCAGAAAUAAUAUGUGUUUCCACUGUGGUUUGGGUUUCCUUUGACAUCAGAAAUUUAAUCCCAAGCAUUUCCAGAUGUUGUAGAGAGUUAUUAAAGUGAUCAUAGAGCACUAUGUAUCAUGGAAACAUGUCAACUUGUUGCGGGCUCUAAGCAGCAGGAUCUAAGCAUAUCAUGCUUAAUAAACAAUUUAUGCUCGACUAGGUGGUGAUGUGUUAGGAAAUUGGUAA